GCAUUACAUCAAAUUCUGUGCACACGCACUGCGCACGUUAGCAUCCAUCUCCAUUACCCGCGACUUAGAAAAAACUAAAAAGACUCGUUCUCUGUCCAUCUCUCUCUCUAGUGCAACAAACACGCACCAAAUUUCCUUCCCAAUUCCGAUUCUACCCUUGCUCAUCUCCCAAAUUACCAAUGCAUCCAGCCUCCACCACCACGGCCGCGGUUAGGCGACAAAUCGGCUUGCGCCAUCGCACCUCGGCACCUCGGAGGCCGUCUCCUCUGCCGUAUCCGUCGCCGAAGAGGAUGAAGCUGUUGACGGAGGUAAUGGAAAAGGCGGCGUAUGCGGUUGUGGAGAGGGAGGACUAUGGCGAUAUCAGCUGCGAACAAUGCCGCUCCGGGGAACGAGCGGAGGAGCUGUUGUUGUGUGAUAAAUGUGAUAAAGGAUAUCACAUGAAGUGCUUGAGGCCGAUUGUUGUUAGGGUCCCGAUUGGCUCGUGGAUUUGUAUCAGGUGCUCUGGAGACGGCCAAGGACGUGUAAGAAGGUUAUCGCAGAAGAAGAUAAUUGAUUUUUUUAGGAUUCAGAGGUGUGAGAAGGAUGACAUUAAAGAGAAAUGCAGGUCUCUCCAAGAUUCUAGAAAGCGACGGAGACGUUCAUUGGUGUAUCAAAAGAAAAGAAGGAGACUGUUGCCAUUUAUUCCAUCAGAAGAUCCCGCCCAAAGGCUCAAACAAAUGGGCACCCUUGCUUCUGCUUUAACAGCAUUACACAUGGAAUUUAGUGAUGAUUUGACCUACUUGCCUGGCAUGGCUCCUCAAUUAGCCAAUCAGGCCAAGUUUGAGCAGGGUGGCAUGCAGGUCCUUUCCAAGGAGGACAUUGAGACAUUGGAACAGUGCAGAGCUAUGUGCAAAAGAGGCGAAUGCCCUCCUCUUUUAGUUGUUUUUGAUUCAUGUGAAGGAUAUACAGUUGAGGCAGAUGACCAGAUAAAGGAUUUGACCAUUUUAGCAGAAUACUCAGGUGACGUGGAUUACAUUAAAAACCGAGAACAUGAUGAUUGUGAUAGUAUGAUGACCCUUCUUUUGGCAAGAGACCCAUCUAAAAGCCUUGUCAUCUGUCCUGAUAAACGUGGGAAUAUUGCACGCUUUAUCAAUGGCAUUAACAAUCAUACUCCGGAUGGCAAGAAGAAGCAGAAUUGUAAAUGUGUGAGAUACGAUGUUAACGGGGAAUGCCGGGUCAUUUUGGUUGCUACUCGUGAUGUUGCUAAAGGGGAGAGGCUAUACUAUGAUUAUAAUGGACAUGAGCAUGAAUACCCUACUCAACAUUUUGUUUGAGAAAACUUAUAGAUAUCUAACAAUCCUACAGAACUGGGAUUCAAUUUUGGAUCCUGCUAGAUCCUUUCUCGUCUAGCGUUUUAUUUCACAGUUUACUCAUUGCUACUGCAGAUUCAAAAGCAUUUCUUCUAAUGUAUCCAUGGGAUAUUUAUAGUAAUUUAUGAUGUAGAGCUGGCCUCUCUAAGGCCACGACAGAAAUAGAGCAGGGGAGAAACUUUCCUUGGAAUUUAGCAUUUGGAGAAAUUUUUAUGUCCUAGGGAUAUUUUUAAGGAACAUUUUUUGUAAUACAGAUUUCAAUGGAAGUUGUUUCAUUUUAUCUA